GUGCCGCAGCCAGGUCAGGAUCCUCUGUGGGGCGGGGCUAAAGCUGGGGGCGGGGCGCUGCGACCGUGAGCGUGCGCCGUCGGGGUGCGCAGGUCUCAGGAUGACUCGAACCAUGGAACCGCUGGCAAGGAAGAUCUUUAAAGGAGUUUUAGCAGCUGAACUUGUGGGUGUUUUUGGAGCUUAUUUUUUGUUUAAAAAGAUGAACUCCAGCCAAGAUUUCAGGCAAACAAUGAGCAAGACAUUCCCCUUCAUCUUGGAAGUUUAUUACAAAUCCAUGGAACAGUCUGGCAUGUAUGGAGUGAGAGAGAAAGAUCAAGAAAAGUGGUUGGACAGCAAGAAUUAAGGCCAAUCAUCACGCUCAGCUUCCCACUUGAGCUGUUUGAAGCCUUGGAGGGGAGAUGAAAGAUGAGUCCAUGUCACUGUGGGCUCGACUCCCACAGACAGUCCUCCCGAGCGGGACUGCAUCUUAGGGCGCGUGGCCUGUGCUCUCCCACCCCACCCUCCCCCACUGUGGAAACCAAGUAUUUGACAAAUGAAACAGUAUGGAAGGUCUUAUACUGAAAAGAUUUUUCUUUUCUAUUUUUAUGAAAAAUAGAAACUAGUAACAUCAGAAAUUUAAAAAUGUCUUCAAGCAUAUAAGAGUAAACCUUUAGCCAAGUCAAAAUAAAAGAC